AUGCAGUUGAAAUUUGCUUUGACCGUUCUGGCCUCCUUGGUUACGAUGGUUGCCUCGACGUAUACCUCUUCCAACCAGCAGAAUUGCAAGAGCAAUCAGUUCUGGUGGGCCGGCCAGAAGUGUUGCUUGGAUAAGGGUGGCCCGAAGACCCCUCCUGCUCCCCCUAAGGGCACUAACUGCCCUCCUACCAGCUACUACUGGGAGCCCAAGCGCGGAUGCUGUGUCCCUCGUAACCCUCCGCCUACCAACCCCCCUCCCCCUCAGUGCCCCAAGAACUGGACUUGGUACCCUGCCAUCUACAAAUGCCUCCCUACCCCUACACCCCCCACACCUCCUCCCAGCACUCCUUCCAAGUACAACGGCGGAUAUAACAACCAUGGCAAUAACAAUCACGGCUACGGCUAUGGCUAUGGCGGCCACAAGAAGCGCUCCGCUAAGUCGCGAUCCACUCUCUGCCCGACCGGUUUGGAUGCCUGCCCCGUCUCUAGCCUGACAGGGGAUUACGAAUGCCUUGACACCGCGACCGAGCUCGAAUCUUGCGGUGGUUGUACUUCGCAAGGCAAGGGCCAGGAUUGCACCAAGAUUGAGGGCGCAUGGAAUGUCGGUUGUGAACAAGGAUCUUGUGUCGUCUACACUUGCGCUGGAGGUUUCCAAAUCGGCCCCGACGGGAAGACCUGUGUCGAGCUCUAA